AAUUGCAUUUAGGCAAAUGAGGCUGCCUCGGCCCUCCCCGUCCCCGGGUCUAUAAAGCGGGGAGCGGCGCCCGCCGACGGCCAAUGCGCACGGAGCGCCCGCCCUGCCGCUGCCACCGGACGUCAAGGCAGCGAUGAGACUCCCGCUGGCUUUCGCUGUGCUCCUCCUGGCCUCGGCGCGGGCGCUGGCCGAUGAGAUGGGAGCCCCUGACGACCUCAGCUACUGGGCAGACUGGGCCGAUGGCGAGCAGGUGAAGGAGGAGCUGCCGCUGCCCCUGGAGCACUUCUUGCAGAGGAUGGCACGGAGACCCCGGCCCCAGCAGUUCUUCGGCCUCAUGGGCAAGCGGGAUGCCGGAUACGGCCAGAUCUCUCACAAAAGGCAUAAAACAGACUCCUUUGUUGGACUUAUGGGCAAAAGAUCUUUAAAUUCUGGAUCCUCUGAAAGGAGCAUAGCACAGAAUUAUGAGCGGAGGCGUAAAUGAGACAUUCCCGUGCAUUAUUUAUUAAACUUCAUUUGUUCCAAUGGCCAAUGCAGUGUAAUAUAAACUAACCACUGUAUGGAAUAAUUAUUUAUUUAACAAUAAUCAAUGGGAUUUUUUUGUUGUUGUUUUGAGUUAGACAUUCAAUAAAAUGAUUAUUUUUCAUAUUGUGGCAGCGAUACAUGUUGUGUAGGUGCGUUGCGGUUCUGGAAGGACAGCUCCUUCGAGACUGGCAACCCUGGUGAUGUCUCACAACAAAGCACAUCGUUUGAUAUGACCUGUAAAGUUACGUUCACUAAACAGAGAAAAGAUACUUUCGUUCAUCAAAAGUGAGUCUAUAUCAGCUUGACAACCAGUUUAGAACAGAGCUGAUGUACAGUCUAGUGCCUCAAUUUGUUUUCAUGGUUUAUAAUGUACUGUAAUUUCCGUAUCAAAAAAUAUAUUUGUAUCAUUGCAGCAUGUUUUAUGUUUUGUGACUACGUAUCUAUAUAUUUUAAAAAGUGGAGGGAGGGGCAAGGCUUGAAUGUGAAUCUGAGGUCUUCAUUUCAUAGUCUGGAAUUUUAUGAUAGUAACAUUUUAAAUAAAAAACACUCUGGGGAUUUUGCAACAUA